UAAAAAAUUAUUUUGUUCAAAUCGAUAAUAAUCAUAAUAAUUUAGAAGAAGAAAUGAAUAAGAAGAAUAAAAAAAUUGAUCCAUUAAUAAUGAACAUUAAUGGACAUGGAAAUUGUUUAAUUAACACUCAAUUACCACCACCAUAUACAAGUCUAGUCCCAGAUGAUGAUGAUAUUGAGGGUCCAACACCUGAUGAUGAUGAAGAAGAUGAAGAUUGUUGUGAAGAUUCGGCAUUAAAUUCAUCAACAUCUGUAUUUGAUUUUGAUAAAUCAAAUAUCGAACCAAUCAAUAUAAAUAAUAUUGAAAUCAUUCGAACCAGAUCAAAACAAUCAAAAAUUCGAAUAUCAUUUAUGAUUUUAUUUAAAUCUUGUUUCUGUCGUGGACCAAUGAUGAUGCGUAUAUUAUCGGCAUUAUUUUUUGCUAUUUCAUCAUUUUUAUUGGUUGUUAUUAAUAAGAUUAUUCUGACCACUUAUCAUUUUCCAUCGGUAAUGAUUGUCGGUUUAGGACAGGUAUUUGCAACAAUAAUCAUAUUGAAUGUUUGUCGUCGUAUUGGUUUUAUUAAAUUUCCAUAUUAUUCACGUGAAAUUAAUAUUAAAAUAUCACCAUUACCAAUAUUUUUUUUCGGUAAUUUGGUUGCUGGUCUUGGUUCAACUAAACGUUUAAAUCUACCAAUGUUAACCGUAUUACGUCGUUUUACUAUUCUAAUGACUAUGAUUGGUGAAUAUUAUAUUCUUGGGAUAACCCAAUCAACAACAAUCAAAAUGACCGUUUUUAUGAUGAUUGGUGGUGCCAUAAUUGCUGCAAGCAAUGAUUUAGCAUUCGAUAUGAUGGGUUAUAUUUGUGUAUUGCUCAAUGAUAUUUUCUCUACAUUCAAUGGUAUUUAUAUGAAAAAGAAACUUGAUUCUAGGGAUUUAGGCAAAUAUGGUAUACUUUAUUAUAAUGCUUUAUUCAUAUCAAUACCAUUAUUUGUAUUAUCAUUAUGUAUUGAUGAUUAUGGUGAAUGUUUUUUAGAAUUUGAACAUUGGAAUUCACCAUGGUUUGUUUUAGCAUUUUUAAUGUCCAAUAUAAUGGGUUUUGUUUUAAUGUAUUCAACUGCAUUAUGUACACAAUAUAAUUCAGCAUUAACAACAACUAUUGUUGGUUGUUUAAAGAAUAUUCUUGUGACAUUUAUUGGAAUGUAUAUUGGUGGUGAUUAUAUAUUUUCUAUUGUAAAUUUUAUCGGUCUUAAUAUAUCGAUGAUUGGCAGUCUAAUAUAUUCGUAUGUGAUAUUUGUUCAUAAAUCGACUCGUACAAUCAAACAAUCAUCAUCAUCAUCAUCAUCCACAUCGUCAACAUCAUCAUCCGAUUCAUCUACACCGGAUUCAAUAUCAAAAGCUAAACAAUCAAUAGUCAAAGAAUGAUGAUAAAAAAGAAAGAAUUGAAAAAAAUGUCAACCAAAACACAUCAAUGAAAUAAAUGAAAAACAACAACAACAACGAUGAUAACGAAUUUGAUCUUGCUACAAUUCAAUUUACAA